UAAACUGGUCAAGGAGAGGAUUGCCAAGAUUGCAAAGCACGACCGCUGCCGAGAGGCAAUGGCUGCUACAGAGACAAUGGGAGUUGACCUGAUCCUGAACCGUGCCCUGAACGAGUUCACCAGUGCCAUGCUGACCCUCACUACCGGCCGAAUCCACUUGGGUGCCGUCACCAAGCAGGCCAGAACUUCGAAGCAACGGCACGAGGAUGAACUUAAAGCUGCUGAGGCCAAACAUGCUAAACAGCUGGCAGUGGUGGCUGAGGAAAAGGCCCAACUGGCUAAGGAGUUGGAGGAGAAGCAGAGGUCUCUGGAGAAAGUUCGCGAGCAGAGGGACCAAUUUAAGGAGUCAAAUCGCUUUAACUUCCAAGCGGCCCAAUAGCUCGAGGUGGACUUGGUCGUGAGCAGGCAGGAGACCACUACUCUGGAGGGCCGGAUUGAGGAGUUGGAGAAAGCCAAAGCCGGCAAUUUGGAGAGGUACAAGAGUGCCACUCUUCGAUGCUUCUAUGAUUUCUGGAAGCACAAUUAGGGUGCCAACUUCAACUACCUUUCCGAGAAUGCGAGAGCUGCUGAGCUUGCUCGCUGCGCUGCUCAGUUGGCUGAGGAAGAAAGAUCAAGGGUUCCUGCUUCCCCUGAAAUCUCGUUGCCCGCUAGGAUGGACGGGGCAG